AUGGCAGUUGGAAAAAACAAAAGAGUAAGUAAGGGCAAAAAGGGCGCCAAGAAGAAGGUUAUAGACCCAUUCUCCCGUAAGGAAUGGUACAACCUCAAAGCACCAGUAACCUUCAAUGUUCGUAACUUCGGUCAGACAUUAGUUACAAAAACAAUCGGAACAAAACUUGCAACCGAUGGACUCAAAGGUAGAGUAUUUGAAAUGAGUCUAGCAGAUUUAAACGCAGACGAAGAUCAAGCCUAUCGUAAAAUCAAAUUAUCAUGCGAAGAUGUCCAAGGCAGAAACUGCCUGACCGACUUCCAUGGAACAAGCGUCACAAGAGACAAACUUUGUUCAUUAAUAAGAAAAAAUUACUCACUAAUCGAGGCAUUCGCAGAUGUCAAGACACUAGAUGGAUACAACCUCAGAAUGUUUUGUGUAGGAUAUACAAAAAGAAGACCAGGACAAUUGAAAUCUACGUGCUAUGUGAGAUCAAGCAAAGUGAGGUUGAUUCACAAGAAGAUGGUCGCAGUAAUGACGAACGAGGCUUCCAAUAGCACACUUAAGGAACUAGUAAAGAAGGUUAUCCCGGAAUCAAUCGGGAAGGAAAUAGAAAAGGCCUGUAAAUCGAUCUUCCCUCUCCAAAAUGUACUGGUUAGGAAGAUUAAAGUCCUGAAGAAACCAAAAUUCGACCUAACAAAGCUGAUGGAAUCCCACAACUACUCAGGAGAAGAGGAAGGCCACACGCUCAAAGUUAAAGAGUCAGAAAAUGCAACCAACCUUCUAACUGCAGAGUUACAGUCAAGCUAA